AUGAUCAAGGUCACUCAGCAGCAGUUAAGAAGAUGCAGCGCAAAAGGAGUGUUCAUAUUGAUGCUACUACUAGUGCUGUACAUUCUACUGUUUGUCCUGCAGCAAUCAUUUGGCCAAGAAAACGUACUGGAAAUGCUACUGGACGGAACGGGCAUGUUUUUCCGCAAUGACUCGAUUAAUCGUAUUCCGGACACUAAUCACUUUCAUAAGGAAUAUGAUUUCAUUGUCAUUGGAGCUGGCUCGGCUGGUUCGGUAGUGGCCAAUCGUUUGUCGGAAAUAGAAGACUGGAACGUACUGCUGCUAGAAGCCGGCAAGGAUGAAAAUAUGCUGACGGAUGUCCCACUGACAGCAGGCCUAACGACCAUCACGGGUUACAACUGGGGUUAUAAGGCGGACCCGAUGAAAGGAGCCUGUCUCGGACUGAGGGACGGAAUAUGCAGUUGGCCCAAGGGACGUGGUUUGGGUGGAACGAGUUUGAUCAAUUUUCUCAUCUAUACUCGGGGCCAUCCACGUGAUUAUGACGACUGGGAAAGGGCCGGCAACUCGGGCUGGAGCUAUCGUGAUGUGCUACCGUAUUUUAAAAAAUCGGAACGGGUAAAAAUCAAAAAGCUAAAACGAUCUCCGUUCCAUUCGGAUGAUGGAUAUCUGGAUGUGGAACAAUCGCCAUUUGAAACUCCCAUGCUGAGAUCGUUCAUUGAGGCUGGCAAACGGAUGGGCUAUCAGGAGACAGAUCCAAACGGUGAGAGUUUAAUGGGUUUUUCGAAGGCACAAGCUACGAUGCGGGACGGUAGAAGGUGUAGUGCUGCAAAGGCCUUCCUAAGACCAGUAGCCAAAAGACCAAACCUGCACAUUUCGAUGAAUUCAAGAGUAACGAGAAUUCUUAUUGAUCCUAUUACAAAGACUGCUUACGGUGUAGAAUUCCUAAAAAAUAAAAAACGUCAUACGGUGAGGAUUGGAAAAGAAGUCGUUUUAUCAGCUGGAGUUAUUGCGUCACCACAACUGCUGAUGCUAUCGGGUGUUGGUCCUAGGGACCACCUUCAGGAAAUUGGGAUACCAGUCAUUCAGGAUCUCAAGGUGGGAUAUAAUUUGCAGGACCAUAUGACACUGCCAGGAUUGGUUUUCACUGUAGAGCAACCGGUUACGAUCCGAGAACGUGACAUGCGAUCACCGCAAACUAUUAUUGACUAUUUGUUUUACGGAAGAGGACCAUUCACGAUUCCGGGCGGUGCAGAAGGAAUCGCAUUCGUAAAAACUAAUGUGUCAUAUUUACCUCCAGAUUAUCCGGAUGUCGAACUUGUGCUUGGAACUGGUGCGUACAAUAAUGACGAUUCUGGUUCGUUAAGGUUCGCCUUUGGGAUGCCAGAUGAUUUUUACUUCAAGACAUACGGAUCGAUUAUUGGAAAACAUGCAUUUGCCAUAUCGCCAGUACUGAUGCGUCCCAAGAGUAGGGGUAGAGUUAUGUUGAAGAGCAAAAACCCUUUCCAUUGGCCUAGGAUGCAGGGUAAUUACUAUGAGAACAACGAUGAUUUAGUGGUACUACGAGAAGGAGUGAAGCUAGCGGUGCAGAUUGGAGAAUCGUCUACGUUUUCACGGUUUGGAGUGAACUUUCACAAGCAGCCUUUCUUUGGAUGCGAACAACAUCGAUUCCAAAGCGAUGAAUACUGGGAGUGCUGCAUUCGAAGAAUCGGAACCAGUUUGCAACAUCAGUCUGGAACAUGUAAAAUGGGUCCUCCCAGUGAUCAUACGGCAGUUGUGAAUCCGCAGCUUUCGGUGUAUGGAGUUCGAGGGAUUCGAGUUGCUGAUUGCUCUAUUAUUCCAGUUAUCCCAGCAUCUCAUACUAACGCAGUAGCAUUCAUGAUAGGCGAAAAAGCCGCUGACAUGAUUAAGGAGUAUUGGAUAAACGAGAUACGGUAA